GAGUCAGUCGCUUCGGAACCGGAAGUCGCGAAGUAAAAAAACAUAUAUAUAUAUUUUUUUUUAAACGAAUGCCGUAUUUUCUACAGGAAAUACCGUCCGCUGUCGAGAACAUUUGUGAAGGGCUGCCAUUUUACCGACCUUACGCAGCACCAAUGAAUCAUGGGGGUCAAAGUGGUCCAGCUCACCUCUAGGUUCUACCAUGAACACAUCCUGUCCUCUCUGGACCAGCUGAGGCUGCAGGGACAGCUGAACGACGUGACGGUGCAGGUGGACUACCAGGGAGACGUGCAGGAGUUUCAGGCCCAUCAGCUGAUGCUGGUGGCGUCCAGCGGCUACUUCAAGAAGAUCCUCCUCUCUCAGGAUGCCGCCCGAGACAAAGUGCUACUCUCCAACAUGCACUCCAGCGAUUUCUCCAAGUUUUUGGAAUUCGUGUACACCGGUAAGGUCGAAGUUGUCCGAGACAAGGUCGGCGACGUCCAAGCGGUCGCGCAACUCUUGGACUGCGAGGAUCUGGCCGAUGUGUGCGGCGAGGCCAUGAGUGCCGGAAUCCUACAAAGAACUACAAAGAGAAAACCCGCAUCAAAAGUCGCCGUUAAAGGCGACUUGCUUGGUGCCAAGAACGAAAUUAGGACCCGAGGGAAGAACCGGCCCAAAGGCGUCGCUCUGAAGCGGCCGCUCUCUCCGCAGAGCUCUGAGAAAGAAGUGAUUCCCAAAAGAUUAAACGCGAAGAACACAGCGGAGGAUGAAAAACGACAGGGACGGAUCCUAAAACUGAGGCUGGCUGGCCGCAAAGUCCUACAGAGGCGUUUAAGUACUAAAACGGAGGGUAACCAUGACGACAAAGACGGCGUUGCCAAUGACGACGCAGACGAGACCGAGGACAGGACGGACGGCGAGGCUCUGGCAGAGAAACGACGCGUGUCUUCGUUUGGAAGGCCGAUCUCUGAUGUAGAUUGGGAAUGCGAGGAAGAUGGGCAGAGUAGUGAUCCCGAAGACUCCUUGUUGUUAUCUCUGGGGGAGGAAGAGGAAGAAGAAGAAGAAGAAGAGGAAGAAGAGGAAGAGGAGGAAGGACAGUCCAAGAAGAAACUAAAAAGUACCUCCAAGGCCCAGUUCCAGUGUAACAAGUGCCAAAGGACCUUCCACUACGAGAGAAGCUACUUGAAGCACAUCAGUACGUACCACGGCGUGAAGGCAGACGUCGUCUAUCGCUGUGAGACCUGCCAGCAGACCUUCGCCAACCGCAGCAAUCUGAAGAUCCACGAGAAGCACGUCCACAGCAGCGAGAGGCUGUUCGCCUGCGAAGCCUGUGGGAAGACCUUCAAGCGGAAGAAGGACGUCGUUCGCCAUCAAAGACAGGUACAUGAACGCAACAACGUGCGACACGUCUGCCCCGACUGCGGGAAGGCGCUCAGCUCCAGAACGGCCCUGCUGCUGCACGAGAGGACGCACACGGGGGCGAAGCCCUUCGAGUGCACCGACUGCGGGUCCAGAUUCUCCCAGAACUCUGCCCUCAAGAUGCACCGCAGGACUCACACGGGAGAGAAGCCGUUUGCAUGCGACGAGUGCGAAGCCCGCUUCACCCAGAAGCACAUGUUGGCUUAUCAUAAGCGAUCGCACACGGGUGAGAAGCCCUUCAUGUGUGAGGCCUGCGGGAAAAGCUUUGCAUCUAAAGAAUACCUGAGGCACCACUCGAACAUCCACACCGGGUCCAAGCCGUACAAGUGCGAACAGUGCGGCCGGGGCUUCGCUCAGAGGAACUCCCUCCACCAGCAUUUAAAGACACACACAGGCGAGCGCCCGUACAGCUGUAAAGACUGCGAAAAGCAGUUCACGCAGCUCAACGCCCUCCAGAGGCACCAGCGCAUCCACACGGGAGAGAAGCCAUACAUGUGCGGUCUCUGUAGACGCACCUUUACAGACAAGUCCACCCUGCGCAGGCACACUAUGAUUCACGACUCAGACGCUCCUUGGAAAACGUACCUCGUGGUGCUGGAGGGAAAUGUGGAAGACAAGAAACCCAAAACUCCCAACAAGGGAAAGCCGGACAAAGCGGGAGGAAAGGAGAAAAAGACCACGCCAAGAAAAGAUGCUGCCGGUACCGAUACCGGUCCUGCCGACGGCCACGAUAAAACCCCCACUGACUCCUUCGUGGCGCCGUCUGAACCGGUCACCCUCCCGCCUGAAUGGACCAGUCAGGGGACCAUUGCCCUGGUCAGCCAAGGCGGCCCCGGCGGGAUCACCAUCUUCCACACCGAGGUGGCCCCGGGGGUCCAGAUCCAGCCCAUCGGGACCGCCGACGGCUCGGGGGCCGGCGUCAUUUCCUUGGACGGAUUGGCCGUCCCGGUCCCCUUCUCGAUACCGGUGGUGUCCGUGGCUCGCGCGUUGCCGUCGGUCUCCGAGAUCCGGAGCGUUUCCACGUCGUCGGUCCUGGAAGCCGCCGCCUCGCAGACCAUUUUGGCUCCGCCUCCAGAGACUGAGGGCGCCUCCGAGGAGGCCGCGCUGCAGCCCGAUAUUCAGAUUCAGACUGUGAUCGUCGGCGACAACGGCGUUUGUGGAACGGAACAAACGGCUGCCGUCACGAGUGACGACGCCGUGUAGAACAAUGCACGUGAACGGAGAGAUCAUUUAAUCUGCCAUCAGCAGCGUGUGAAUGCGUUUGGAAUCCCUUAAAUCUUGUGCUGAAACUAAAAUACGAUUAUGGGAUGGGUGGGAUUAAUUAAAUCAGGUCUUCAAAAUCCCAUUGAACACAAAUGUUAAUUUAUGACCGAUGAUUGCCAAACAUCACAUCGGGUUCGUUGCAUUUUACCAAUCAAAUUAAUAUUAGACAUGUUUUGGAUUUGAUGCCAUUCGCCACCCAAAGCGGUAUCGGCCAAUCAAAUGGUCACGUUUUAAGUGUCGGGCAGAUCGAUCAGCGGCCAAUGACAAGCCGAGGAGCGAAAUGGAUCAAUAAAAGAACACAAGAGUUUUGAUUAUGCAAUAUUGUAUCUUGUGGUAAUACAUUCAAACUUAAAAUGGAUGUCAUACAUUUAAAUGUAAGUGGCGGAAAAUUUAAAAGACGUAUUAUUCAA